CAUCCCCAAUAUGUGAUAUAAAUUAUGAAUAAAAUUAUACUUAAAUAAUUAUUAAACAAUUUCUAACUAAAAAUGAUGAGUUUAAAGAAUACGCUACGCACGCUACAUACGUAUAUUUGGAAAUUUCUAAAACCAGUGGCACGUUUUGUUUUAUGACACAUGAUAUGGCCGAUUGAGUGUACCAUCACAUCACUUGCUCGCCAUUAUCGAUCCCUCCUGCGAACGUGUGCUCGACACUCGGCUCUCGACGUCGGCGAGAAGCUCCACGCCGCCACCAUCACCACCGGCCUUUUGGUCCCCCCCAACUCAUUCCUCCACAACGCCAUCCUCCACUUGUAUUCUGUGUGCGACCGCGUGUGGUCUGCGCGCAAGGUGUUCGACGAAAUUCCCUACUCGCACAAAGAUACCGUUGAUUGGACAAUCUUAAUGGGUUGUUACACCCGCAAUGGAUUGCCCAUGGAGGCACUCAGUUUAUUCGUCGAUAUGCAGAAACAAUGUGUGGUGUCUGAUGAAGUUACGUUCGUCUGUGUAUUUAAUGCUUGCGCCAAAUUGUCUGACAAUGUGUUUGGGGUUCAAGCGCAAGUUUGUAUGAUCAAAAUGGGUUUGUGUUCUGGUGUUAAGGCAUGUAAUGCGGUGAUGGAUAUGUAUGUAAAGUGUGGUCUUUUGACUGAUACAAGGCGGGUUUUUGAGGAAAUGAGGGAGCGGAGUGUUGUUACUUGGACUGUGCUUUUGGAGGGUGUGAUUAAAGAGGAGGGAUUGGAAAGUGGAAGGUUGUUCUUUGAUGAAAUGACUGAGAGAAAUGAGGUUGCUUGGACUAUGAUGAUUGUGGGUUAUGUUGGGAGUGGCUUCACUAUGGAAGCUUUUUCGCUUCUUAGGGAAAUGGUAUUUGGCUUGGGCUUAGGGCUAAAUUAUGUUACGCUUUGUUCAUUUUUAUCGGCUUGCACACAGUCGGGGGAUUUGGUGAUGGGCAGGUGGGUUCAUGUGUAUGCUUUGAAGAUGAUGGUGAAUGAGAUGGAUAUCAUGGUGGGUACAGCAUUGCUUGACAUGUAUGCAAAAUGUGGUAGGAUAAACGCUGCAUUUCAAGUUUUUAAGACAGUGACUAGUAGGAAUGUUGUGGCAUGGAAUGCCAUGCUAAGUGGUCUAGCAAUGCACGGACAGGGUAAUGUUGUGGUUGACAUCUUUCAUCAGAUGGUAAAAGAAGUCGAACCAGAUGAUGUAACCUUUACAGCUGUGUUAAGUGCUUGUAGUCAUUCUGGUCUUGUUGAACAGGGUCGCCAUUAUUUUUAUAACCUCAAAUCAGUAUAUGGUCUAACACCUUCAAUGGAACACUAUGCUUGUAUGGUAGAUCUGUUGGGUCGUGCUGGUCAUUUAGAAGAAGCUGCGAUUUUAAUAAGGCAAAUGCCAAUUCUCCCAAAUGAGGUUGUCUUGGGAUCUCUUAUUGGUUCUUGCAGUGUCCACAGAAAGUUGCAGUUGGGGGAACACCUUCUUCAAGAGCUGGUUGAAUUGCAUCCCCUUAACACUGAAUAUCAUAUCUUGCUUUCUAACAUGUAUGCUCUAGCAGGAAAGCAGGACAAGGCUAAUUCUCUUCGCAGGGUUCUUAUAGAAAGGGGUAUUAGGAAGGUGCCCGGAAUGAGUUCUAUUCAUGUUGGUGGCAGAACUCAUCAAUUCAGUGCCGGGGAUAAGUCACACCCACAAACUCAGGAAAUUUACUUCAUGUUGGAUGAGAUGAUCCGUAGGUUGAGAUUGGCUGGCUAUGUCCCCAACACGUCGGCCCAAAUUUUAUCUGGCUGUGAUAGUGUUGAGGAUAAUGCAGAUGAUUGGGAGGAGAAGGAGCAGGCAUUGUUCUCUCACAGCGAGAAGCUGGCAGUUUGUUUUGGGCUUAUAAGUACAAGAGCUGGUGCGCCUCUCUACAUUUUCAAGAAUAUACGAAUUUGCCAAGACUGUCAUUCUGCUAUGAAAAUUGUGUCCGCCAUAUAUGACAGGGAAAUUCUUAUUAGAGACCGCAACCGUUUUCAUAGUUUUAAGCAAGGUUCAUGUUCUUGUUGUGAUUAUUGGUGAUCUGAACUGAAUUAUGCUGAUAAAUGCAGAGAGAAAUAAUCCAUGUAAUUUGUCAUUAGUGUAUAUUACUAGUAUUAUAUAUCUACUACGCAUUCUCGGUAAA